AUGUCAAAAUUAGAGAAUUCAAUAAUUGAUGAUAAUUCUGGCAAUGCCGGACUUGUUGUUUUUAUAAUAAUUACAGCUAUUGCUGGAUUAAUUAUUUUUGCUAUCAUUAUAUUUUUAUUAAUAUCUUCAUCGAGGAGGAAACAUUUUCAGAAUAGAAUGGCGAAUAUUCGAAGGUCUUUAUCAAGUUCAAUAAGAUUUAGACAAAAUCAAAAUACAGCUCAGGUCAGUCCCGGUAAUCAACAGAAUAUUAUUAUUGAUAGUGCAUAUUUAUCACCGGCACACAUAAUUGGUUUAUCACCACCAAAAUAUGAUAGUGCACCACCUUCAUAUGAUGAAGUUGUAAAUAAUCAAUCUGAUCCAACACCACCAUAUUCACCAACAAGAGGAAGUAAUAAUAUAGGUAGAUCAACAGAUACUCCAAGAGUACAUAAUUCUUCUACAAGAGAAGCUUUAACAAUUUUUCCACGAGAAGAAUUAGAAGAAAAUCAUCAAAUAGUAGAAAAUAAUGCUAGCGCAGUAAUUCAAGUCACAGAAAUUGUGACAAACAAUAAAACAAAAUUACAAAAGAAAAAUAAUAAAGAAGAAAAUAUAAAUACCAGAAAUGACCAAAAAUUUACAAAUAAUGAUGCAAAUAAUUCUAAAAAUAAUAAGAUAAAUGUAAGAAAAUCAUCAUUAGAAGUAAUUGAAAGUAAUGCAGAAAUACCAAAUCUUGAGAAUGUUCAAAUUUCAUAG